GGGGGCCGGGGACCGAGCCACCGGGCAGCGCUCCUGACCACUGGAACCCGGCGCCGCCGAGCGCAGCGCCGAGGCCACCGCAGAGAGUGAUCCGAUGGCCACCAAAGAGAAGUUGCAGUGUCUGAAGGACUUCCACAAGGAUAUCUUGAAGCCGUCUCCCGGGAAAAGCCCCGGCACCCGGCCCGAGGACGAGGCCGAGGGCAAGCCCCCGCAGCGGGAGAAGUGGGCCAGCAAGAUCGACUUUGUGCUGUCCGUCGCUGGCGGCUUCGUGGGCUUGGGCAACGUGUGGCGAUUCCCGUACCUCUGCUAUAAAAAUGGUGGAGGUGCAUUUCUAAUCCCGUAUUUCAUUUUCCUGUUUGGGAGCGGCCUGCCCGUGUUUUUCCUGGAGGUCAUCAUAGGCCAGUACACCUCGGAAGGGGGCAUCACCUGCUGGGAGAAGAUCUGCCCCCUGUUUUCCGGUAUCGGCUACGCAUCCGUCGUGAUCGUCUCCCUCCUCAACGUCUACUACAUCAUCAUCCUGGCCUGGGCCACCUACUACCUGUUCCACUCCUUCCAGAAGGACCUGCCCUGGGCCCACUGCAACCACAGCUGGAACACGCCCCACUGUCUGGAGGACACGCUGCGCAAGAACAAGAGCCUGUGGGUCACCAUCAGCACCCACAACUACACGUCCCCCGUCAUCGAGUUCUGGGAGCGCAACGUGCUGAGCUUGUCCUCGGGGAUCGACGAGCCAGGCACCCUCAAGUGGGACCUGGCGCUGUGCCUCCUGUUGGUGUGGCUGGUCUGUUUCUUCUGCAUCUGGAAGGGCGUCAGGUCCACGGGGAAGGUUGUCUACUUCACCGCGACCUUCCCCUUCGCCAUGCUAUUGGUGCUGCUGGUCCGCGGGCUGACCCUGCCCGGUGCCGGGGAGGGCAUCAAGUUCUACCUGUACCCCGAUAUAACCCGCCUGGAGGAUCCGCAGGUGUGGAUCGACGCUGGGACCCAAAUCUUCUUCUCCUAUGCCAUCUGCCUGGGGGCGAUGACCUCCCUGGGGAGCUACAACAAGUACAAGUACAACUCGUACAGGGACUGUAUGCUGCUGGGAUGCCUGAACAGUGGUACCAGUUUUGUGUCUGGCUUCGCAAUUUUUUCCAUCCUGGGCUUCAUGGCACAAGAGCAAGGGGUGGACAUUGCUGAUGUGGCUGAGUCAGGUCCUGGCUUGGCCUUCAUUGCGUACCCCAAAGCUGUCACCAUGAUGCCGCUCCCCACCUUUUGGUCCAUUCUUUUCUUUAUUAUGCUUCUCUUGCUGGGACUGGAUAGUCAGUUUGUCGAAGUCGAAGGACAGAUCACGUCCUUGGUGGACCUCUACCCGUCCUUCCUAAGGAAGGGUUAUCGCCGGGAGAUCUUCAUCGCCAUCGUGUGUGGCAUCAGCUACCUGCUGGGGCUGACGAUGGUGACGGAGGGUGGCAUGUAUGUGUUUCAACUCUUUGACUACUAUGCAGCUAGUGGUGUAUGCCUUCUGUGGGUUGCAUUCUUUGAAUGUGUUGUUAUUGCCUGGAUAUUUGGUGGUGACAACUUUUAUGAUGGUAUUGAGGACAUGAUCGGCUAUCGGCCUGGGCCCUGGAUGAAGUACAGCUGGACUGUCAUCACCCCGGUUCUCUGUGUUGGAUGUUUUGUCUUUUCUCUCGCCAAGUAUGUGCCCCUGACCUACAACAAGGUCUACGUGUACCCAAACUGGGCCAUCGGGUUUGGCUGGGGCCUGGCCCUGUCGUCCAUGAUGUGCAUCCCGUUGGUCAUCCUGAUUCGCCUCUGCCAGACGGAGGGGCCGUUCCUCGUGAGAGUCAAGUACCUCCUGACCCCGAGGGAACCCAACCGCUGGGCUGUGGAGUGUGAAGGGGCCACUCCCUACAGCUCCCGCAUCACGCUGAACGGGACCCUCAUGAAACCGACUCACAUCAUCGUGGAGACCAUGAUGUGAGACCCCCGGGGGCGACGGGGCGGCCGCUUUCCACCUGUUUACUAACAUUAGAUUCUCCUAGGACCAGGUUUACAGAGCUUUAUAUUUUGCACUAGGGAUCUCUUCCUCGUCCUCGUUGGUGUUUUUUGUCAAACGUGAACUCCGUGCGUGUGCGCGUGUGCACGUGUGCGUGAGCGUGUGUGUGUGUGUGUGUGUGUGUAUCGUGGGUGUGCGUAUUUUGUUCUGAUUUUGGGAUAUUUUGUACAAAAAAAAAAUAGAAGAAACCCCCCUUUUUCCACUGAAUUAGGUCUAUUUCAGGGGAACUGGGUGAAAAGUUUUCUUUGUAGAUAUCUUUGUUUUUUUCUCUUUCUGGAACAUGUGACUCUUGACCAUGGGACACUUUGACCAUGUGAAUGACCCUUCUUGCCAGCAAUAGAGAUCGUUUUUUGGGGUUUUCUUUUCCAAAAGCAAUUUUUCGGUGCUUGGUCGAACCAGGAGAAAAUUCUGACCCCCCAAGGAAGACUAAAGUGUUGAGGAUGAUUUUUCAGCCCUGAGCUGCGUCUUGAGGGUGUAGUAUCUUUCCGAACCUGGUUCAGGGGUUCGACAUCCGGAACAGAGUGACUGGCCAGACCCCCCCGAGGAGCAGAAGAGACAGGGCCCAGAGGAGACCCUUCGUUACAUUUCUCUUAGCCAACAAGAAACCUGCCAAAAUCUAUGAACCAGGCCCUCAAGUUAAAUAGAUGGACGAGAGCUCAGAAAGGAGACUCUUGAAGCAGGAUUUGAAAAGUUAAAGAGCAAUAGAAACUCUAGCUCCGGGUUUAAAAAAAAAAAAAAA